AUGGAUUCAUUCUCCUUGAAUGAUGAAUCUUCCUCUUCUGAAAUCUGUGAUUCAGAAGACAGGAUAGAUCGUAAGUCUGUUAGUAGCUACAGGAAGGAGUUGAAGUCUCGUUCUUUGAAUAUGCCAUCAAUCCUGCUGCUCAUUUAUAAUCUACCGGUAGCAUUUUGUUUUGUACUCGUGUCAAAUAUUGGAUAUGAUUUUACUUCUUAUUUUGAUGAUUCACCAUGUACACAUGUCCCUGAUGAUGAUGACCAAAUUUACUUCAGUAUAGGUGAUCUUAUAACAAGGGGUUUAUUUUUCCUUAUUCCUUUCUGUGGCUGGUUAUCAGACACUAAGAUUGGUCGUGGUAAUGCUAUUUAUCUCAGUCUAUGGCUUGGUUGGAUAGGCACUCUACUACAAUCCAUUGGAUGCUGUUUGCAGUACAAUUCCUGUGGCACCAUCACUUAUAUGAUAGGAAGAUUUGUAUUUCCUGGUCUAGCUCUUGCCCUUUUAUAUGUCUCAUUAGCAUUUCUGUUAACUACUCUAAUAGCCUAUGGUAUAGAUCAGAUGAUAAAUGACUCUAGUGUCAAGAUAAGAGCUUUCAUUCACUGGCUGUUUUGGGAGUAUUUUUUUCUUGACAAUGUAGCUAUUUUUCUUUUAAAUACAGAGCAAAAAGAGAGUGGUGCAUUAACAAUUCCAGUUGUGGCUUUUGCUCUCUUUUCUUUUUCUCUUUGUCUUCAUUUUCUCCUCAAGCAUCAUUUUGAGCACAUACCCAUUCCUAAUCCUUACAGAAUUGUAUUUAAAGUGAUAAAGUUUUCUCUUCAAAAUAAUGGAAGACAGCAGCGUAGUGCAUUCACAUACUGGGGAGAGGAGCCCAGUAGAAUGGAUCUUGCUAAGGAGAGGUAUGGUGGUUCAUUUACUCAUGAAGAAGUGGAAAAUGUAAAGACAUUUUUUCGCAUUUUAGCUAUUAUGUUAGCAACAAUGCCUUUCUUUAUUGUGGCUGAACUUUUAGUCAAGGAUUUUUCUCGCAUUAUAGUGUUAUAUGAUAAUGGCCAUGAAGGUUUGCAAGAAAAUGAAGAUGCUGUUAUUCGGUUUAUAAGUUACGGUAUUCCAUUAGUUUUGAUCCCGCUUUUUGAACUGGUUAUAAUACCUCUCAUUCCAAAAAUAGAGUAUUUUUUAAUAAAUCCCUUAAAAGGCUUUGGUCUGUCUAAUAUUUUGGUCAUAUUUUCUCUUUUAACGUUUUUCAUCAUAAACGUAAGUGCUCAAAAAUCUUUUGAUGCCCCUUGCAUCAAAUGGGAGCCAGGCGAUCCAGCUAUUGAGGUUUCAUAUUGGAUACUUCUCAUACCUUCCGUAUUAGCCGGUAUGUCAGAUGUUUUAUCUCACAUAUGUGUAUUUGAGUUCCUGUGUAGUCAAGCUCCUUUUGGUAUGCAUGGAAUGAUAAUUGGAUUGUUCUUAUUCCUUAUUGGUAUUUCUUUUGAUAUCGGCUUAACAAUAUUUCUUGCAUUUCAAUAUAUCUUUCUUUUAACAUCUUGUACUUUAUGGUUCGCCAUCAUAUUUUGUGUCAUUGCUUUGUUUGGGUUGGUAGUGUAUGUGUUAGUGGCUCGAUGGUAUGUUAAGAGGGUCAGAGAUAUUGAUCUUGGACUACGCACUGUAAUAGAGGAACAUUGGGAACAAAAAGUUAAUCGAAAAAGUUCUUCCGUUAAUUACAAUGAUGAUAGUAGUAAUUAUAUUAUUUCUAGUAUUGAUGUGUAA